AUGCCACAAGAAACCCCCAGCGAAACUUUCCUUCUUUUGCAUGUAGACAGACACGCUGCAUUUAUAAAGCCAGAGCUAGACGGCCUGCUAAAGAGCAUAGGCAUGCCGCACACUGUACACAACACUAUCAUAGAUCAAGUUGUAAAAUACACAGCUAUCACGGCAAGUGCUGCCACCAUAGACCAGAUUCUAGAAAAGAGCAUGCUAGUAAGCAGGGCCAUAAAGGUGCACAGAUACCCGCCCGCAGGGGCUGCAGACUCAAAAGACAAAAAGUGCCUUAUUGCGGACAAGCUGCACUCUUCCCUAGACGCAAGCACAUCCGAGUUUCUGCGGGGGCACGUCGUGGGCCCGUACAAGGUAGAGUGCAUGAGCACCUUCAAGAGCCAAGUAAUAGAGCAAACAGUGACUACCCUGCGCAUCCCGCACCCUAUAAGCGUGAGUGCGCCCGAGCACUCGAUAUAUGUAAUCGAGGAAAGCGAAAGGUGCAUAGUGGGCGUCCUGUACAAGGACAGCCUCAGAAAGUCGCACUUGAAGUACUCGGUCAAGAACCGGAAGUUCAUAGGAAACACGUCGAUGGACAAUGAAAUGGCGUUUAUACUGUGCAAUGCCUCCGGAGUGACGCACAGGAGUGUGCUGCUGGAUUGCUAUGCUGGGAGCGGAAGCAUAAUUCUAUCCGGGGCUUUGCAGGGGGCUUUUGUCAUAGGAACCGACAUAAGCAAAAAGCAGUUCAAAGGCAGAGACGUGGCGCAUGAAAACGAAAGGAUCAAGACCCAGCUCCCAAACACAAAUAUAUACAGCAACUUCGCAAUGUACAACGUAAGCGACAGGGUCUUGUUCAUAGGGGCGCACGACGUAUUUGACAGCCCUGUGCUCAGAGAGGGCUCUGUUGAUGUAAUUUUGUGCGAUCCCCCAUACGGCGAAAGAGAAACCGUCCGCAAGAAGGGGAGCAACAGCAACAUAUACGUCUCCACCCAGGAUGAGUACCUGCUUAGUGCCAUUCCUUUCCUGGGGCGCACUGUAGAAAUAGGCAGGCAAGUGCUGCGAAGCAACGGCAGGAUAGGGAUAUUUAUGCCGCACAAAACAGGAUGUACUCCUGCUCUAAAGGAAAUUUCUGGAUUCUCCCUGGUGGGGCAGGCCGAGCAGUAUCUUAACUCCCUCUACUCACGGAGCUUUUUCCUGCUGGAAAUGUCCAAAGGUGCUUGA